CUUCUGUAUACUCACCUUCCACAGGACUGUCUUCUAUCCAUACAAAAUAUCACCAUGGCUCCGAAGUAUGAACUCCCCUUCAAGCUCGAUGACCCGUCGAUCCUCCACUUUGACUCUUUCGUGCACAAUGAGUGGACGCCUGCAAGCAGUGGGGAGAGGUUCGAGGUUAUAGAUCCCGCAACCACAACCCCCUGGACCAGCAUCCCCACCAACACCGCGUCCGACAUCCCCAAAUACACGAAGUCCGCCUCCACAGCCUUCAGCACCUUCCGCACGACAACCGCGCGACACCGGGCCCAACUCCUCCAGAACUGGGACACGCAGAUCCGCACCCACCGCACGGACCUGGCACGGAUCCUCGUCCACGAGACCGGCAAGCCGCUCGCCGAGGCCCUGGGCGAGAUCGACUACGCGCUGACCUUCACCUGGUGGUUCGUGGGCGAGCCCGAGCGGAUCUCCGGGAGCAUCACCCCGGCCGCGCUCCCCGGGCGCCGGAUCCUGACGCUCAAGCAGCCGAUCGGGGUCGUCGCCGCCCUGGUGCCCUGGAACUUCCCGGUGGCGAUGGUCGUCCGCAAAGCGGCGGCGGCGUUCGCGGCCGGGUGCACGAUGAUCGUCAAACCGUCCCCGGAGACGCCGGUCAGCGCGCUCGUGCUCGCGGAGCUGGCCCGGCGGGCGGGGUUUGCCCCGGGCGUGUUGAAUAUUGUCACCACCGACCUGGAGAAUACCCCCGCCGUCAGCGAGGCGCUGUGUCGCGAUCCGGCCGUGCGGAAGGUCACGUUCACCGGGUCGACGCGCGUCGGGAAGCUGGUGGCGCGGUACUGUGCCGACGGGCUGAAGAAGAUGACCCUCGAGCUGGGCGGCAAUUGUCCGUUCUUGGUCUUUGAUGAUGCCGACUUGAACCAGGCGCUGGAGAUGCUGAUGGCGCUGAAGUGGCGGCAUGCCGGCCAGGCGUGUAUCACUGCAAACCGCGUGUAUGUGCAGGCGGGGGUGUAUGACAAGUUCGUGGGGAUGUUGAAGGAGAGGACCGAGAAACAGAUUAGGGUGGGGAAUGGGUGGGAGGAGGGCGUGACGAUGGGGGCGCUGACCACGCCCCAGGGGGUCGAGAAGGCGCUGCAGCAGGUGCAGGAUGCCACGGCCAAGGGGGCGACGGUCGUGCUCGGCGGGGAUAAAGUCCAGGGGAAAGGGUAUUUCUUCCAGCCCACCAUCCUCAAGGAUAUGACGGCCGACAUGCGCGUGUCCAGCGAGGAGUCCUUUGCCCCCAUCGCCGCGCUGUAUCGCUUCGAGACCGAGGACGAGGCCGUCCGGCUGGCGAAUGAUACCGCCAUGGGGCUGGCGAGCUACGCCUUCACCAAGGAUGCCGAUCGCCUGUGGCGGUUGUUUGAGAAUCUCGAGGCCGGCAUGAUUGGGUUGAAUACCGGGUCGUCGUCGGCGGCGGAGGCGCCGUUUGGCGGGGUCAAGGAGUCCGGGUAUGGCAAGGAGAGUGGGAAGGAGGUUGCUGUCAAUGAGUAUUUGGUUACCAAGACGGGGACGUUGACGGUUGCUGGGCAUUAUUAGGUUUUGUUAGGGGGUGGAGUUUGGUUCUGGUGAUGGAUAUGGUUGUGAAUAAUGAAUGAUGUUCGAGUAUGCCCACAUAGUUCGUAUGCGUGUCGGACUGUUAUGGUUGCUAAGGGUAGGGCUUGCAGGGCUUUUGGUAUUGGAUUUCUGCAGGGAAACUGUGCGACUGCUUGACUCAUUGAAAUGUGCUCAAGACUCUAAGUACGGACGUACAGUACAGUACCCCAUGGACGAACCUCGAAUUCACUAUCGUCGAUUCCAUUCUCUACGUAACCGGACACC